AUGUGGAAUCUCUUUUGGGUGGUACAGUAUAUUGUGAGUUUGUUCUUGCAGAUUACUGUUGUGGAAGAAGGUGACUUGAUAGCCAAAAGAACUCGCUCUCAGUUGCCUCUCCAAGAUGUUUCUAUUGAAAGUAUUGAAGGUACAUAUUGUUAACACAACCAAGAACAGAAAGUAUUCAUCAACUGUUGUUAGUGAAUUACAGCAAUGUAAUUAAAUUUGGAUUGCCCCACCCCUCUCUUACAUGUACACCACAAACAGUAUUUGAAGCAUGUUUCAGCAUUGUAUAAGGCAGAGGGGAGAGAGAACUGCGAGGUAUUUUCCAGAAGGUAGCACUGUUUUAUGAAAGCACACAAAAAUUACUGUCCCAUGGACUUUUGUCCAGGAUUGUAGUAAUAGUAAAAAUAUAUGGCAAAGCACCUCAAUAUUAUAAUGAAACCUCAUUAUUGCAAACAUAUUUAGCCAUUCCCUUGGCUCUUUGUUUUGAUUAGUUUCCACUGAACAGUCUGUUGGGUUGAGCUUUGGAUUUUGGACUUGUCUUCAGUUUAAUAUUAGGCAUUAGUUGACAUACACAACAGGACGGCAAAAGGAAGAGCAUGGCAAAAUGUGUUUGUGUUUUGUUGUGAUCUUUACUUAUAACUGUGUUGAGGCCCCAGUUGUUGAAGAGCUGGAUUAAGCACUAUCCACCAGGGCCCAGUUGUUUGAAAGGUGGAUAAUGCUAUCCAUUGGAUAAAUCUCUAUUCAGUGGAUAACGCAAUUGAUUUCCCCAAUACCUAUCUGCUGGAGAGCGAUUUAUCCUGUGGAUAGUGCUAUCCAAUGUUUGAACAAUCAGGGCCAGAUUAAUAUCCAGGGGAUAAGUAUAAGGAAUACUAACUUAGUUUGUUAUUGAGUGGAUAGAGAUUUAACUGGUGGAUAGCGAUUGUCCUUUUGAAAAACUGGGGCCUUGUCUUUUAUUGAGAAUUCAUCUGUUUAAAGGAAGGUAUGGUUUGGCGGAAAAUUUUUUGCAAAAAUACUUAAUCACGACACGCUUGUCACACAAGGUUUGCAAUUGCCUUUCCUCUCCCUUCCUAUUGUGUAAGUCUACUACUCUUAAGGAGUUGAAGGAGUAAUUCUGACCAACACCUUCUGUUUUAUUCAGCCACAUUCCAGCCUCCAGAUUUCACUGCUGAUAUGUAUGAUAGUAUCCCAGUGGAUGAUAUGGACUUUGAAGACAUUGAAUGGCAGAAGUGGCUUCAGGGACUAGUCAACUCAGGUAUAUACCAUGUACAUGUAGGAGAAUCAUUGAUGAUGUGCAAGUUCAGUAUGUUAAAUGCAUUUAUUUUUUAAAGACAAAGUUGGGUUUUUGCCAAAAAAUGAAGAAGGCUAAUGUCCAGCCUUCUUGGCCAAACAAUUCUUCCAGUUGUCAAUUUAUACAAUGUAAAAGAAUCACUUGUAUGGCCAAACAAAAAGUUUGUAACAAUGUUUGUCUAUUACACUGUAUGUCUAUUACUGUAAGCAAUGUUUGUCUAUCACACUGUAAAUAAAAAGUCUGAUGCAAAAAUUCGGUUACUUUGAAGCACUUUCAAAAAUGACCAAAUAACCGAGGUGUCAUUCUUGCACUGAGCCCUUCAGUUUCUCUCAUUGGUUAACCAGACUCACUUGAUAUUGCCUGCUUUUGGAGAAUGCCAACGACCAUCUACGUGUGGAAAGACUUAACAGUUGAUCAUAUAAUAACUAAGUUUGUAUGCCCCUGUGCUUUACGUUUGACAGAGUUUUUGACUUUUUCAUUGCUUGCUAAUGCUCAUCACCAUUAGAGUUGAUCUCUAUUAUAUUAGAACUGUGUGCUAAUAUUUUUUUAUUAUUAAUCAAAAAACCUAAAAAUGGCCUUUUACCAACUUUUUCACCUGAUUUUACAUGAAAUAGACAGAUUUGGUUGUUUUAUGCUGAAAAGUGGAUUUUUUUCUAAAAGCUUGGUACUCUGCUUAACCCAUUCGCUCCUGGAGAUUUUGCCGAAAAACGCGUUUUGAAGCUAGUCGAGUGGUUUUCUGGUCACUGUCGUGCUAUAAAGAGCUAAAACUUACCACAAACCGGUUUACAGGUCGUACACUUGGCGGCCUUCUGAUCCAGAUGCAAAAUAUCAGCUUGCGAAGUUCGGGCAUGCGCAGAAAGCAAAAUUUCGACAUGUUUUUGGGUUUAAAAGUGACACAGCAGUCUUGACUUUUACUUUUCGCUUUCUCUCCUCCCUUCUUUUUUCGCUUUUCUUGCCUCAUUUUUUUUUUCUCUUGCUGGGCAUUUAGUAGGCUUCAUUUUGGUGGGAAGAGUUUUUAGGAAAGCUUUUAGGAUCUUAGGAUUAGGUGAAAGGAAAGGUAGGUGGGUAAUGGAACAAGAUUUUCAUGGAGAUUUUCAGGUCCUUGUCACGUGGUUUUUUGCUUGUUUCUCCGGUGCCCUUGACUGAAUUGUGCUCAUUCUGGUAUGGUUUGAAAGAUCUCUUCACUCUGCACACGUGUGCGAAGAAAGUUGUCCUUGACCGUUACAACUGAUGACGUCACAAAGGGUAGAAAGGACCUGGAUCCGCACGGGCCGUUACGGGCGGUUCAGGGGCGAAUGGGUUAAGAUCUCAAUGCUGGCAUACAGUAUUUUUCUCUUUUUGAUUAUUGAACAGCUGUGACUACAUGUAUUUUUUUUUUGCACUUGUAGACAUACACAAAGUAGUGUAUGGUUUAGCACAUUUAAUCCAGUUAUUUUUAUUUUUGUUUUACAUGUAGAUGAAGUCUGUGGUGAAGAUGAUCAGGAGGAUACUGAAUACAAUUUCAUGGCUGAAGACCAAAAAGAAGAAAAGGAAGAAUACAGGAAUGACAGAGCUGUUAGAAUUCCACGUGAGUAA